AUGCCAAAAAAAAAGGGCCUUUUCAAAAUUAAGCGUAAUAAACAGGAUUCGGAACCUUAUCCAUCACUCGGAAAAGUACCUUUUACCUUGAAGGACGUAGAGAUUGAUUGCCCUCAUCGCAUUGACACUGGAUCUCCUGACAGAAAUCGCGCCGUUAAGCUAAUAUACAAUGCUUUGAUUAAGGCAGUCCCUGGCGCAAACAACGUGAGAAAGAUAGAUAUCUUGGUUUUAGCGAGCUCUAUCGAACAUAAUAUCUUUCGAAACUACAGGUGCAUUAUCGAUCGACAUUACAAAGACAGGAUUCGGUCGAGGGUUUAUAACCUAGCCGACGAGAAGAAUCCGGAUUUUGUUAAAAAGGUGAUAAGCGGAGAAAUUCGACCCGAGAAAUUGGCGAUCAUGACAACAGAAGAUAUGGCGUCUUCUGAAAUAAAAAGAAAGAAGGCGAUCGAACUAAAGAAGCGCGUACAACAAAUAAUUCGUCGAGAACCUGAUCUGGUCCCGUUAAAGCUAGAGGGCGACGGUUCCUUGGGAG